UGUCAGACGUCAGUUGUCAAAUCCGUUAAAUCACGUUAAGCCAAAGUGUGGUUAUGUUAGAAUAACAAAAUAAUUUGUUAUUUAUCGAAAAACCAAAAUGAAUGAGUACGGGUCUCAUUUGUUGCCCCCAGCGAAAGAGAGUACACGAGCAGCGUGUAAAAAAUGUGGUUAUGCGGGUCAUUUAACCUAUCAGUGUCGAAAUUUCAUAAAAGUAGACCCCAACAAAGAAAUCGUUUUGGAUGUGAGUAGCACAAGUAGCGAGACAGAUCAAGAGUACUUGACUCCUCUCACUGAAUUGCGAGAAAAGGAAUUGGUGGAGAAAUUAAAGAAAAAACGGAGAAAGAAGAAGAAGAAGUCGGAGAAGAAAUCAAAGAGGAAGAGGAAACAUUCAUCAACGGAGAGUGAGAGUGAUAGUGACACUGAUUCCAGUGAGCGAGAAAAGAAGAAGAAAAAGCGGCAAAGAUCUAAAACUAAGAAGAAAUCGCAAGAUUCGUCAGACUCGGAUUAAGCAAAUCGUGUUUUAAAACAUCUUUAUUGAAACAACAAUUAAUUUUAUAAAUAAAUACAUCACAUAUAAAAUUCAUUGAUGAAA